UAAUUCUCUUUAAAUAUAAAAGCUCUCAAUUAUAUAUCUGAGGUGCUGCAUUUUACCCCUCCAGUUCCUAAGCAACAGCUAUUUUCAGAUUGAGUGCGUCUGGUGUUGUCUACCUACUUCAGGCUUUUACGAGGUGGCUCGUCAGUGAAAGCUGGGCUGUUCUCUGUCUCCACUGGCUCCCUUUGUCGUGGCACUGUGAGGAGACAGAUGCUUUAGAGAAACGGGAGAAGCUUGGGUGUAACCGGUCUCGACCUUGCAGCUCACAAAAAACUUGUGUACCUCGGGGAGCUCUGCCAUCUACAAUGAAGCACAGGAGUCAGAAAUAAGGUUCUUGACACUGGUUUGGAAGAAGCCUUUUUCUCAAGUCCGGAAAAGCCUCUAGAGCCGAUUCGAAACCAUGAGCCGGAAAUCUCUGUACUUGCUGAAGCGUAGGUGGGAGUCGAUUCCCGCUGCUGACCAGUCCUCUGGUACCAGUAUCACAGUGGAUAUCGCUGUCAUGGGAGAAGCACAUGGGCUCAUCACAGACCUUUUGGCCGAUCCUUCACUGCCCCCCAACGUGUGCACAUCGCUGAGAACAGUGAGCAACCUGCUUAAUACGCAGUUAACCUUCCAGGCCAUCCACAAGCCAAGGGUGAAUCCUUUGGUGUCCUUCAGUGAGAACUACACUUGCUCCGACUCGGAGGAAUGUCCAGAAAAAGGAGAGAAACUGGCCAUUCCCAAGCGCUUACGGAGAAGUUUGCCUCCAGGACUGCUGAGACGAGUGUCCUCAACCUGGACCACAACAACAUCAGCCACAGGAUUACCUACACUGGAGCCAGCUCCAGUGAGAAGGGAUCGCAGUGCCAGCAUCAAACCCCAUGAGUCAUCUUCAUCCAGCCCUGACUCCUGGAACAGCUCAAUUCUGAUGACAAUCUCAAAGAGCAGGUCCUUCUCCACCUCCUAUGCCAUGUCUUCUACCAAUCACCUGAAUGCCAAAAGGCAGAGCCGGCAAGGUAUCCCACCAAAUAUUUCACCUCUCACCUCCCCAUGUCAUUCACCAAUUCAGGGGACCCCUGCCACAAGUCCUACUGGAAAAACAUCUUCUGUAUCAUUUCCAGACUCUACAGAUACUGACACCAAGCAGGGUUUAAAGCCACACAAAGUCUUAACAUCUUCUCAGAGUGCACCUCCCCUGUCAGAUCCUGUUAUCAGCCCCUCUGUCAUCUGCAGCAGCUGUGGCAGACCCUAUAACCAAAUAGAAGCUGGUGAUGGGACACUAAACAGAAAUGAUGCUACCACACACACCCUGAACAGAACAGAUGAUCCCGCGCAAGCCACUUCUGACUACGAGACCAACAACAGCGACAGCAGCGACAUCGUGCAGAACGACGACGAGACAGAUUGCUCCAAGGAGCAGACACGGAAGGGAUCUGUCUGUAGGUCCUACACGCCCGAGACCAUCAUCCUGCAUCCCUUGAUACCACCUGAGGACAAGCCUGUACUUGCUCCUGAGCCUCUGGUUAUGGACAACCUCGAUCCCCUGAUGGAGCAGCUAAAUAGUUGGAACUUCCCAAUCUUUGAUUUGGUGGAAAAAAUUGGAAAGAAAUGUGGUCGGAUUCUCAGUCAGGUAUCAUACAGGCUUUUUGAAGACAUGGGACUGUUUGAAACCUUUAAAAUACCAGUGAAGGAAUUUAUGAAUUACUUUCAUGCCUUGGAAUGCGGAUACCGAGAGAUACCUUAUCACAACCGAAUCCAUGCAACUGAUGUUCUGCACGCCGUGUGGUACCUUACAACUCAGCCCAUCCCGGGACUCCCAACCGUGAUCAAUGACCAUGGGUCAGCAAGCGAUUCAGAUUCUGACAGUGGGAUCACUCAUGGCCACAUGGGUUAUGUGUUUUCGAAGACGUACACGCCUACAGAUGACAGCUAUGGAUGCCUGGCUGGCAACAUCCCUGCCCUUGAACUGAUGGCUCUUUAUGUAGCUGCAGCCAUGCAUGAUUAUGAUCACCCAGGAAGGACCAAUGCCUUUUUGGUAGCAACGAGUGCUCCUCAGGCAGUGCUGUACAACGACCGCUCCGUCCUGGAGAACCACCACGCCGCUGCUGCCUGGAACCUUUUCAUGUCCAGGCCAGAGUACAACUUCCUGGUCAACCUCGACCACGUGGAGUUCAAGCAUUUUCGCUUCCUCGUCAUUGAGGCAAUUUUGGCCACUGACCUGAAGAAACACUUUGAUUUUGUCGCCAAAUUCAAUGCCAAGGUGAACGAUGAUGUUGGAAUUGACUGGACUAACGAGAAUGACCGCUUGCUGGUUUGCCAAAUGUGCAUCAAGCUGGCUGACAUAAACGGGCCUGCAAAAUGCAAGGAUUUGCAUCUGCAGUGGACAGAAGGCAUCGUCAAUGAGUUUUAUGAACAGGGUGAUGAAGAGGCCAGCCUGGGCUUGCCAAUCAGUCCUUUCAUGGACCGCUCUGCUCCUCAGCUGGCACACCUCCAGGAAUCGUUCAUCACUCACAUUGUGGGACCACUAUGUAACUCCUAUGACUCAGCGGGGCUGAUGCCAGGAAAGUGGAUAGAAGAUAGUGAUGAAUCAGGAGACACUGAUGAGCAAGAAGAGGAAGAAAUAGCAGAAAUGGAAAGUUGUGAAAAUGCUGAAUCCCGAAAGAAGAAGUUCAAGAGGAGGAAAAUCUACUGUCAGAUCACUCAGCACCUGCUUCAGAACCAUAAAAUGUGGAAGAAAGUAAUUGAGGACGAGGAGAGGUUAGCUGGGUCAGAGAAGCAAGGUGCAGAGCAAUCCCCGCUGCACCAAUCUUCAGAACAAAUCCAGGCCAUCAGGGAAGAGGAGGAGGAGAAAGGGAAGCCCAAGAAGGAUGAAGAGGAGAACACGACUGUAGAACCAAACCAAUGACAAUAUUUACAGCAGUAUUUUAAGACAGAUUGACUUGUGCACAGACUCUUUCUCAAGCCAGCACAGCAUUUAGACACAACACUGUAGAAGUAUGGGAUAAUGCGCCUACAGCUGUUUAAUUUGUUUCUCUUUCCUUUUUAUGGUGAGGUACAUUGUUUAAACUCCUAUGCUCGAGGAAGCUUUCACACUGCAACACCGGCUUUUACAGACUUUCUUUAAAAGAGAUUUGGGGGUGGGUGGAGUUAUAUAAAUAUAUAUAUAUAUAUAUAUAGCCAGGGUUAUUGGCUGCACACUUCAGCAAAAUACAUUUAGUGAUAUAUUAUGGUCACUGUGAUAUUUACAGAAGAAAGUUACCUAAGGAAAUGCUGCUUCUGAAGAACAUUUGCAGUUAACAGUAAGGUACCAGUUAAGUAGCUUUUGCUCUUAAUGCUGAGGGAUAAAAGUUCCAAAGCUUUAUAUGAAUGCUGAUAUAUCCUGCCAACACGUAUGUGUGUGUGAGGGGGUGUUUGCAAGUGUGAGUGGAUGUCAGGAAAUACAGCAUAGUUUGAGUUCUUACUACACUAGCUGUAGCACAUGUCCCAAUACAUGACAACAAACAGAAGGCCCGAAUUUUAGAGAAUUAGUGCCCACCGGGGAAGUGGAGCCCAUUUUGAGGAGCUCUGCAUUCCCCAAAGGCCUCCAAGUCCCAGUCCAGCUGCAGGCAGCAGCCUUUCAGCAGAGGCUGGCCCAGGUUGUCAGCCUGGCCCUGUCUGGCUGUGCAGGCUCCUCCUCCUCCUCCUCUUCCUCAGCACUUCCCACACUGCUGGCGAAAGGGAUGUGCCAGGAAGGCUAUUUUCCAAAGGGGUCCCGGGGGACUGUGUGACACACUGCUCUUUCCCUGGAGAGGACCUGGCCCUCUGUGUGAAUGGCCGUGUGGGGCAGCGUGUGUGUGUGUUUGGGCAGGAGGGAACAGAGAGCAGACGUGUCCUUGGAAGCGAGAGGUGCAUUGUCAGCUCCCACCACAGCCUAACGCCUCCGUGCAUCAAUGACCAAAU